UCCAGUCGCCCUCUCUCUCACCGCCGCCGGGCCCCCUUCCUCCUCGCCCCGGCGACGGCGCGCACACAGCGAUUCCGACGUCUUCUCUUCUGCCUUCUCUCGUCGCCGUCCUCCUCAUAUCAUAUUUGCCCUGUGCCAAACUGGACUGGGAGCGGGCCGGAAACAUAUCCGGACUCGGAUUGAUUUCCUCUCUCGUCGGUGGGUUAGUAAACAAACCUAGAUUGCUCCCAGUCAGGCGGAGUUGGUUCUGCUCCCAAUCAGGCGAAUCCAAGUAUUUCUUCUUCCUCCCAGUCCGUUCAGUUGCGGAUUUCCUUGCUGCCGGAGAAGGCCGCUGAUCCAAUUCUUCAGCGCGCGGAUCGACUACGGUGGGCACUUACCACAGGACCUUCGACAUCAAGCUCUGUUGAUUCGGUAGAUGGAGGUGCCAAUGAACUCUGCGCAAACCGGUGCUCACUUCCCAGUUCAGCAUCGGUCCCUCUCGCUAGACAUCAAGGGCAAUAAGACAGACAUUGUUAUAAGUAAAUAUGAAGAUACCUUUCUGGUGAUUGUGACACAAAUUGGCUGCAUGGGAAGCAUACUGGCUGCCAAGAAAGAUGAAAGUGUUUUCUCGGACCCGACCUACAAUGUGACUGUUCUGUUUGGGAAGAGAGAUGAGCCCCUCCUACUAGCUUGUGCACGCCAACUUAUUGAGCACAUAAGUGGCAGUGGCUCAGCACGGUCGUUGGUGAUCUCUCUUGGUCUGACGGAUCAUUCUCAGGGAACACUUAAGGAUAUAAUUGCAGCUGUGAUUGAGAAUCGUCUUUGGUGAUGGUUUUGAUUAACUGAGCUGGAGUUGCGAUGCGCUGAAGACGCUGAAGUGAACAUAUACCAAUGAGCAAGAUGAUCCCUCAUUUUAUCACGUAUGAAAUUCCUAGAUCUUUGUAGGCAGAAUUUCUUUUCUACUUUAACAAAUAUAAGAGGUGGUUUUUAAGCUGUUCCGUGAGUGAUAUUGUCCUACCAUGGGCGAGGUGGGGGUGGGGGUUGAGGCUUCUCCUGUUGCCAAAACUUGUUGUCUCGUGCUAAACAAAGUCAUUUUUGGGGGAAGCAUCUUGCUUGUUCUCCCCCCCCC